AUGAAGGAAAAGUCUAAGAAUGCUGCGAAGACUAGACGAGAGAAAGAAAAUGGAGAAUUUUAUGAACUGGCGAAAUUAUUGCCUCUGCCCUCUGCCAUCACCUCACAACUGGAUAAGGCUUCAAUCAUUCGACUUACCACCAGUUACCUGAAGAUGAGAGCAGUGUUUCCAGAUGGUCUCGGGGAGGCUUGGGGUCAACCAUCAAGACUCAGCCCUCUAGAUAGCAUGGCUAAAGAGCUGGGAUCCCAUCUGUUACAGACUCUAGACGGCUUUGUAUUUGUUGUUGCCUCUGAUGGGAAAAUCAUGUAUAUCUCUGAGACCGCGUCGGUCCACCUUGGCCUGUCCCAGGUGGAGUUGACAGGAAACAGUAUAUUUGAGUACAUUCACCCGUCAGACCAUGAUGAGAUGACUGCAGUCCUCAGCGCCCACCAACCUGUCCCCCAUCACUUUCUUCAAGAAUACGAAAUGGAGCGUUCCUUUUUCCUCAGGAUGAAGUGUGUUCUGGCCAAGCGUAAUGCAGGACUGACGUGUGGUGGAUAUAAGGUGAUCCACUGUAGCGGCUACCUGAAGAUCCGACAGUACUUGAUGGAUGUGGCGAUGUACGACUCCUGCUACCAGAUCGUGGGGCUGGUGGCGGUGGGCCACUCCCUUCCCCCCAGCGGCAUCACAGAGAUCAAGCUCCACAGCAACAUGUUCAUGUUCCGGGCCAGCCUGGACCUCAAACUCAUCUUCCUGGAUUCCAGGGUGGCUGAGCUGACAGGGUACGAACCCCAGGACUUGAUAGAGAAGACUCUCUACCAUCACGUCCACGGCUGUGACGUGUUUCAUCUGCGCUACGCUCACCAUCUACUGCUUGUGAAAGGGCAGGUCACCACUAAGUACUACCGUAUGCUGUCCAAGCAUGGGGGCUGGGUGUGGGUGCAGAGCUACGCCACCAUCGUCCACAACAGCCGCUCGUCGCGUCCGCACUGCAUCGUGAGCGUUAACUACGUCCUGACGGAGAUAGAAUACAAGGAGCUGCAGAUGUCUCAGGAGCAGAGCAGAGCCACAAAGCCGUCUCUCUCCUACAAGGCUGGCCUGGCCUCCUCUCAGGACUCACGCAAACAGCUCAAGACCAAAGCAGUCAAGAUCAAAACCAAAGUCAAGAUGGUGCCCUACCCUCAGCCCAACAGCUCAUACCACACAGACAAGCUGGACUGCUCCCCUCAAGGUGGAGGGUGGAAAGAAAGCCCUCCCUACUCCCUAACCCCCUGCCAGGAGCAAAGUCCUGCCCCCGAGUCUGGGGAGGUCCCCUGUGGAGCCCCGUAUGGCCUGUCCUUACCCUACUCCUACGGACACCUGCACCACGAGCCCCAGAGGAGGAUACGAACGACCGCCACCUCGCCUUCACCCUCGCCCUCACCCAGCCAGGCUGCGCAUCAGCUGCUCAGCUCGCUGCAUGCCCGCGCGGGGGGUGAGGGCCACUGGAGUGGCCAAUCCAAGACAAGUCACAGCCUCCGCCUGAGUCCAUCCUCUGCUGUGUCCUGCACAGCCAGCGCAGUUUACCCAGUGGGCGCCCCAUCAGCAACGUCAAUGGUGAUGUCUAGCAGGAGGUACCCUGGCGAGACACACCAGGACAACUUCUCCAGCUGCCCCACAUCACGUCCUAGCAGCAGGUUUAAAGAAGAGCCUUACGAACACCACACACUCUGCCAGAGCAAGGCUUCCACCGAGGCCCAUCCCCUGGUGCAGCCCCAGCCACAGGUCAUAAAAGAGGACACCAAGCUACCGUUCAGCCGAGACCCUCUCCACAAAGCCUCCAGAGGUGGUGGUUGUUCCAUGGGGGAGAAGCCGCUGUCUUGCCCCCUGCUGAGUGGCUCUGUGGUGGGGAAGGGAAGCUGCGAGCAUCCCCGGUCUCUCCACGGCUUGGGACAGCCCUUUCCUAUGCAGGUGGUGCUGGAGCAGAGGAGGAGACUGUGUAUGAUGGAGGCACCUUAUGCCAACACUGCCGGUGGACUCCCAGAUCAUUUGGACUGCAACGGGGAGAGGGGGACCCCCAAGCUCCAGGAGCCUGAGGUGGGGGAGGAGGACAGACGGAUGUGGAUGGGGGUUGGGAUGGGGGUGGGUGUGGGCGUUGGAGUUGGCCUUCCAGCCCAGGCGCCUUACGUGUCGUUGAACCUUCACCAUGUCCUGGCCAAACACAGCCCCUUUCAGGCCCCGCCUUACACCGCUGCACUUAGUCACUUGACAGACAGCUACGGUUACCGCGCUGAAGAGAUGGUCUCGUACGGCUACAAGGGCCAAAGCCCCGCCUCUAGCUCAUCUCCUGAGACACACAGGGAGAUCCCGCAUUACAUUGGCACAUCCGUCAUCAUUACCAAUGAGAGGUGA